CGACUUGAUUAAGGACCACGGUGACUGUCACACCAACUGAAUCAAUUCGUCACCUCCUUCAUCAUCAUCAUCAAAUCAAUCAAAUUCAUAAUACAGAUCCAUUCAUCCAUCCAUCUACAAUAUAAAGAUAUAUUUAUAUUCAUAUAUAUAGAGACAGUGAGGAGGAGGAUCAACUGAUAGACAGAAAAAACCCCCCCAAAAUUCUAUGAGAUCAAAAGUAAAACUUAGGAAUUGAUAAAUUGAUUGCUUGAUAUCAAAUAAUAAUGUUAUCACACCAUCUUCAAAACGGUGUGGAAACCGCCAAGCUUAUAUGGUCACGCAUACCUAACGCUGAAGAAGAAGAAGAAGACGGUGGUGGUGGCUUAAGUGAUAAUGAUUAUCAAGUUAGAAAUGAUAAUAGUACUGGAGGAUUUGAUAGUGUUGAAAGUCUUGACUACGAAGUUAUCGAAAAUUACGCCUAUCGUCAAGAACAGGCACGGAGAGGGAAGCUUUAUGUUUGGUAUUAUGUUGGAGUUAAAUGGUUCUUUGCUCUUCUCAUUGGCAUAGGCACCGGACUAGCUGCCGUUUUAAUCAAUAUCUCUGUCGAGAAUUUUGCUGGAUGGAAGUACUCGUGGACUUUUCGCAUAAUACAGACUUCAUAUGUUGCUGGUUUUGUUGUAUAUACCAUGAUCAACUUGGCAUUAGUCUUUUCAUCUGUAUAUAUCAUUACACAAUUUGCACCAGCAGCAGCAGGAUCUGGUAUACCUGAAAUCAAGGGUUAUUUGAAUGGGAUUGAUACUCGUGGUAUUCUUCUUUUUAGAACCCUGAUAGGGAAGAUAUCUGGAAGCAUCGGAUCGGUUGGCGGUGGUCUGGCACUUGGUAAAGAAGGGCCCCUUGUUCAUACUGGUGCAUGUAUUGCUUCCUUACUUGGACAAGGUGGAUCAACAAAAUAUCACUUGAGCACUAGAUGGCUACAGAUCUUCAAGAGUGAUCGUGAUCGCCGUGAUCUUGUAACAUGUGGAUGUGCAGCUGGUGUUGCUGCUGCUUUCAGAGCUCCAGUUGGUGGUGUAUUAUUUGCCCUAGAGGAAGUUACAUCUUGGUGGAGGAGUCAGCUGAUGUGGCGUGUUUUCUUCACAUCUGCAGUUGUAGCUGUAGUAGUGCGUACCGCAAUGGGGUGGUGUAAAAGCGGCAAAUGUGGACAUUUUGGUUCUGGAGGUUUCAUUAUCUGGGAUCUGUCGGAUGGUCAAGAGGACUACUCAUUUGCCGAGCUAUUACCAAUGGCUAUUAUUGGUGUCAUAGGCGGUCUUCUUGGAGCCUUAUUUAACCAGCUAACACUUUAUAUAACACAUUGGCGUCGGAAUUAUUUACACAAGAAAGGAAACCGAGUCAAAAUAAUUGAAGCAUGCCUUAUCUCCGUGAUAACUUCAGUAAUCUCUUUUGGAUUGCCUCUUUUUAGAAAAUGUAGUGCCUGUCCUGAUGAUAGCACCAUUGAAUGUCCUCGUCCACCAGGAAUGUAUGGAAAUUAUGUAAAUUUUUUUUGUACCAAGGACAAUGAGUACAACGACCUUGCAACCAUCUUCUUUAACACUCAGGAUGAUGCUAUAAGAAAUCUGUUCAGUGCAAAAACCAUUCAUGAGUAUAGUGCUCAGAGCCUGCUGACAUUUUUGGUUAUGUUCUAUAGCUUAGCCGUAGUGACUUUUGGUACUGCUGUUCCUGCUGGCCAAUUUGUUCCUGGUAUCAUGAUCGGAUCAACCUAUGGACGCCUUGUUGGCAUGUUUGUUGUUAGACUUUACAAAAAGAUGAACAUCGAAGAGGGAACGUAUGCUUUACUUGGAGCCGCUUCUUUCCUGGGAGGUUCAAUGCGAAUGACUGUCUCAUUAUGUGUUAUUAUGGUUGAAAUUACAAAUAACUUAAAGCUUUUACCUCUAAUCAUGCUUGUUCUCCUCAUAUCAAAGGCUGUUGGUGAUGCUUUCAACGAAGGUUUAUAUGAAGAACAAGCUAGAUUGAGGGGCAUCCCUUUACUCGAAUCCAGACCCAAAAACUUGAUGAGAAAAAUGACAGCAAAAGAGGCCUGUGGGAACCAAAAGGUUUCUUUCUUCACUCGUGUGGUGAAAGUUGCUGAUGCGGCCAAUAUUCUGAGGACUAACAAACACAAUGGCUUUCCUGUUGUAGAUCAGUCACGAAGUGGAGAAACGAUGGUCAUUGGACUCAUCUUGCGCAGCCACUUAUUGGUACUUCUGCAGUCCAAGGCAGAUUUUCAGCAUAGUCCUCUUGCAGUUGACAUGAGAAGUCAAUCCAUACCAAUCAGGCACAGUCUCAGUGACUUUGUGAAGCCUGUAUCUAGUAAAGGAUUAUCAAUAAAUGAUAUCCAUCUAAGUUCUGAUGAUUUGGAAAUGUACAUAGAUUUAGCUCCGUUUGUGAAUCCAUCGCCAUAUGUUGUCCCUGAGGAUAUGUCAUUAACUAAGGUUUAUAAUCUGUUUCGUCAAUUAGGAUUGAGGCAUAUAUUUGUAGUUCCCCGUGCUUCUCGUGUGAUUGGCAUGAUCACCAGAAAGGACUUGUUAUUUGAGGACAACGAGGAUUCGGGUUCUGUAGAGCUCCAGUCAACUAGUGUAAGGGGUCGACAACGGGGAGAUAGAAGAGUGACACAAAGGAAUCCAGAUGCUGGGUCUCCGCUACUAAAUGGUCUUCUGGACUAACACUAGCCAUAUAUUAUUUGAACUAUCAUUUUGCAUCUAAUCCCUCAUUCUUUUUGGUAAAUGGUACCCAUAGUCUAUAGGAUGCACACAAAUUGUAUAUAUAGUUGGGGUUUGUAUGAUGACUUAAGGAUAUUUACAAAAAUUAGGAUAUCACUUGUAACCAUAUAAGAUCUUGUGUAGAAGACUUUCCCACAUUCACGAUAAAAUGGGCAUUGAACAUUUUUACCUGGUGUUUUGAUA